UAUAGAUUAAAGUAACUUUAUAUCAACUAUUUUAAAAGAUAAUUUCACGUAUGAAUGUUUAAAUCAUAUACUUUUUUUUUAUAUCGUUUAAAUCCGCUAUCUUCCUCUUUACUUAUCUGUAAUUUAUUUUCAAAAUUCGCAGUAAAAGUUGCGAGUAAUUUCCACUUGGCGGAGUUACGUUUAGAAAGACGAUUCGGUAGUACAUCUUGUAUCGCGUAUUUCAUGCAUGAUGUAAUGCGAACAUAACCAAGGAAAAAAACUUGCGAAAAAUAUUUACAGUUUACGGAACGAGAUGUAACGGCACGCAUCAUUCCAAUGUUUAUCGUAUCUAUUCGGUGGAUCGUGCGACCUGAAAUGGAAAGUCACGCCGCGCACCAAGUUGGAGCUAGCCGUAGUUUUAAUCGGGAAUCUGCUCCAAAAUCAGAUUUCUAGGAGGGACAAAAAUGGCAAAUGAUGUAAUAAUCAGGGGCAAAGACAGGUUACAAGAGAUUAGUAUGAAAUUGGAGCAAAGUCAUUUGGUAUAUUUGCAAACAGAUGACAGUCCAUUAAAACUACAACAACGACAUAAAUUGGAAGGCUUUAUAAAGGAAUAUCUUUGCCUAGUACCAAAUGAGAAUAAAUAUGUAUUUCAAGAAACAGCAGAUAUUUUGCAUAGAUCAGCAGCGACAGUGACAGAUUUUAGCGGGUAUAGAGCAGCUACUGCUUGGAGCGCAAUUUCCUUAUAUGCAGCUAAUCUUUUGGCACAGCCUUGGCGAAAAGAAUAUAGGACAGUGAGGACAUAUAGCGGUUAUUAUAAGCACGAAGUGGAGGCAAAUUUAAUCGGUGCAGAGUUAAUGUUUGAGCAAAUGGGAUACAAGCAUACUGGUCUGGGUGUAUUAACUUUAGAUGGACCGAUUGAUCCAGAUAAAGUCUCAAAUGUUAGCAGGGAUGCUAUUGUAGCCUUUGUGGAAUGUCAGAUCUUGAAACAAAUAUGGGAAAGUGUAUCACAAAACUACACCAUCUCUUGGUUGGAAGUGCUGGAAUUUCGAGAAAAUCAUGUCGGUACGCCGGAGCAAGCGAUCCGAGCAUUAAAUUAUCGUUUCCUUGAGAAGGUACAUCAAAACCGCUGCGCGAAAAUCGACAGUUACAAAGAUAUUUACUAUCCACAGCAAACGAGUGUGGAAACUGUGCCGUUGCCUCUAGCCUAUCAUCACCCUGUCAUGCAUGCCAAUUAUAAUGCAAUGAUGCCGUCAGUUUGUCAAACGGCAGACUAUCGGUGUAUCGAGGACGCGACAAAUGUGGCAGUACCGGCCAAUUAUCGAUACUAUCAACCUAUCGAUCACAGUUUUGUCAAUUGUUGCAAUAGCUAUAGCUGCCUACCAUCUCACGGGAAUAAAUUCUACGGUAAUGCUGCGCAAUCGAAUCCGUAUUGUGCCACAUUACCGGCGUACGCGGCCCGAGUACCAACCGGUAGAUUGAUUGAACUCGAUGUGCCGGCAUCCGUUGCGAAUUACACGGAUAAGUCACACGCUCUCCGCAAACCUACGUCCCAUCGGAUAUCAGACUUGGACGAGAUGGACUUCUGCAGACGGCAGACUUCGAGCGACGGGGAUCAUCAUGAAUACGAUAAAAAUGAUAAAAGGCAAAUCGCCAGCAAGUUGAAUUCCAGCGUUGGUAAGGACGGUUACGAUACUUGGGAUUUUGUGUACAAAAAUCUUGAGAGUUUAGGCUAUUACAAGGAUCUCGACGAUCGAGACGUGUUGCAAUAUAAGAAGGAGCUGGAUCCCAUUCGCACGUUCAAACAUAAGACGCUUAGACAAACGGAGAAUGAGGACAAAUAUAGCGCGCAUAGAUUCGAAAAGAGAAGAACCAACGGUAGGACCGAAGCGAAUGAGAUUGACUCGUCCGAGAUAAAUGGUAAAAGUCAUCAUGAUAUUCUGCCCUUCAAGAAGAAGUCCUCAUCCUUUGAUUUGUCAGACUCGAAUAGAUACAGUACUGAAACAUAUAACAGAGACAAAAGGUAUAACAGUCAAACUCUACCGAUUCCGCGUACGCACAAAUCUUCGGAUCAGAUAGCAAAAAUUGCGGAUUCGCUCAAGAAUCUUGAUGUUCCGCGAUUAAGCAAAGGAGAGAAUGAAGAGGAAAAGGCGGAUAAUAAAAAGAGAUGGAAUUGUGCAACAUGCACGUAUUUAAAUACACCCGAUCGAGAUAUUUGUGAAAUGUGCGCCAAAUCGAGAUGCAAAGGGAAUGAAGAUAAACCGCUCGCCAGUGGUGGUAAAGAAUGCCCGCAAUGCACGCUAGUGAACGAAAAGAUGCUUCUAUCUGUGAUGCUUGCCAUACAAGUUUAAAGGAUUCCCCGACAUACAUAUAGACAGACUAAAAAAGAUAGAGAGAGAACGACUCUUCGUGAAAGAGAAAAGGAAUUCUCGUAUAUUUCUCCCAAAGGUUUGCACAAAAGUAUUGCAUGUAAGAUAUAGAAUCUUUGAACGAAUAAGUUGUAAGUGAAUCUUUUUUCCAACGACCUAAAAAGAGAAACAUGAAUACAGAAAACUUAAAGGCAUAUAAUAUAUAUUAAUGACAUGUAUAAAGAAGAGAAAGCUCUAUUUCUUUAAAAUUUAUCUCAUGCAGGAUAAGGGGCUUGUAUUAAACUUUCUUAGUAUUAUUAAUAUUGUUAUGUUGUGUGGCCUAUUAAAUGAGUGUUGAGUAGGCACUGAAAUCGUGUGCAUCACUAUUAUUAUAGCAAUCGACGAAACUUAUCGUUAAACAAUAAAAUUUAAUUAGAUAUUUGGCCAAAGCUCAUAAAACACUGAGAUUAAUUAAGAAAUGCGCAAAACGCUGAGAUUAAUUAAGAAAUGCGCAAAACGCUAAAAUGUUACUUAUUAAAAAAAUAUGUUUGUUUCUUAUAUGCAUAUAUAAAAUUUUUGUGCAAUUUAUUUCUUAAAUUAAAUUGUCAUAUUUGAGACUUAAGGUAAAAUUCAUGAAUAGAUCAAUUUAAUAUAAUUAUUUUUAAAAAAGAGCAUUGAAAUGAAUUGAAAAAUUACAUAUACUGUUACUAUAAUAAAUAAAUUUUAUAUAGCUACUGUACAAUAAAAUUAUUUAAAAUUCGUCAUGCUUAAAAGAAAAAGAGAGAACUCUUUUACAGUUUGGAAAUAGUAAUCUAUGCAAUGUUAUAAACUAAAAGAUUGUUUUUUGACAAUAUCUCUAAGAGCAAAUUUGACAAAAUACAAAAAAAGAUGUUAGACUGCGCUCUUUAUCCUCCCCUCCCCUUCUUCCCAGAACGUAUUAUGUAUAAAAUUAUUGCACUAUUAGUUGUGGAUUGUUAUUAUAAUUAAUAUAAUAAUACAAAUGUUCCGCCAUAUUAUUACAAAAAAAUAUUAUAAAUGUAACAAGGAUAUGAAACAUGAUAGAAAAAAAUGUGUGAAUCCUAUAAUUUGAUGAAAUUUUAUAAUAUCUACAACUAUAUUAAAACUGAAUGGAAGCAGCUAUUUAUUUAUUAAAAAAAAAACAGUUAUCACACAAAUAUUUAUUCAUACAUUCCUUAUUCAUUGAACUGUUAAAAAAUGCGAUCUACUUAUUCUACAUAUCUUUUGUUAACAUAUCUUUGUAGCGUAUAUGUUUUACUCUUUAUUUAGUUUGUUUUAUAGAUAUGUAUUAUUGUUGGAGAUAUACUUUUAUAUGUAAGAUAUAUAUGUGCAAAAUGCUGUCUUUCCACAGUUUAUCAAUGUUGCAUAAAACGAUAUUAUGUACGUAUAUACAUAGCCAAUUAGCUUGAUGUAAAAUGUUUUAGAAAAGAUAAUGGAAUUUCGCUCAACAAAGAAUCUAACAAUGCUUGUGCUACUGUACUUUAAUUUAUAUAAAAUUUUUAUUGUGUGACUGUACUGAUUUAGCCUAAUUCACAUAAUAUAAUAUGUCAAAAAAAUAGAAAAAUAAGAAAAAUGAUUUAUACUA